AUGUCGACCUUACCAGAGGGGGAGAGAGGGGGAACGGGUGGGACAGAGGGGGAGAGAGGGGGGACGGGUGGGACAGAGGGGGGGAGAGGGGGAACGGGUGGGACAGAGGGGGAGAGAGGGGGAACGGGUGGGACAGAGGGGGAGAGAGGGGGAACAGGUGGGACAGAGGGGGGGAGAGGGGGAGCGAGUGGGACAGAGGGGGGGAGAGGGGGAGCGGGUGGGACAGAGGGGGAGAGAGGGGGAACGGGUGGGACAGAGGGGGGGAGAGGGGGAGCGGGUGUGACAGAGGGGGAGAGAGGGGGAACGGGUGGGACAGAGGGGGAGAGAGGGGGAACGGGUGGGACAGAGGGGGAGAGAGGGGGAGCGGGUGGGACAGAAGGGGAGAGAGGGGGAGCGGGUGGGAUAGAGGGGGAGAAAGAGGGGGCGGGUUCACGCACGCCGACGUGUUGGGCGGCGGGCCGCGCAGCACGACAGGUGGCAAAGUCCUCGGGGAGGGUUUUGCAGCCGGGGCGCUGGGAGAACGACACGCUCGUGCCCACCUCCGUCCAGUUCGCGGCCGUCGCGCACGCGCCGUUGAUGAUGGCGUGCCCGUCCCCGCACUUGCAAUAA